AGGUUUACUGUCACUUUAAGAAAGCUCCUUCUCGUUUUUCUUCAAUUUCAAAGACGAGUAGCUCCUCUUGUUUUGUAGACCAUCUUUGCAGCUAACCGCUAGUGUCAACAGUAAAACAACAAGCAGCGGCUUUUCUCUGCUAACAGCUCCACUUACGGAGGACUUAUCUUCUGGGUUAACGUAACAACCAGAAGAGCAGUCAGGAGAACCGGCUGGGCUGAGAGCAACAGCUAGGUCCUGAUGGAGGAGUAGAGCCCAGUCACUGAUGGAAGCCCAGGGGAAGAGCUCUGAAGAUGACGAUAGAGGGGAGCGGGGUCUCCUCCACUCCUGGAGGGGCUACUCUUACAGCGUGGUCCCAGAGAGGCUGCUCCUCCCGCGGCCAGUGCUGCAGGUCGCCCUCGGAGCGCAGCAUGGGGUUCUGCUGGUGGAAGGAGGACAAGUGUAUACUUUCGGGGAGUUGCCAUGGAAACAGACUCAGGCGUCCCAGCCUACUAAGCCCACCCUGGAGAACGCGCUCAGCGGGCAGCGGGUGAUCGCGGUCGCAGCCGGGAGCUUCCACAGCGGGGCGGUAACAGAGGACGGCAGCGUCCACAUGUGGGGGGACAACGUGGCGGGCCAGUGCGGCCUGUCGGGCCUCAGCUGCGUGCCCAACCCAACGCCCGUGGCCCUGCUGGAACCCGGCGGCGCUCAGUCAGUGCCCGUCCUGGAGCUAGCGUGCGGAGAGAAACACAGCCUGGCGCUGUCGGCGCAGAGGGAGGUGUGGGCGUGGGGCAGCGGGUGUCAGCUGGGCCUGAACGCGGCCGCCUUCCCCGUCUGGAAGCCUCAGAAGGUGGAGCAGCUGGCUGGCAGGUGGGUGCUGCAGGUGGCCUGCGGCGCUUCGCACAGCCUAGCUCUGGUGCGCUGCGUGGGACCCGACGGUAUCCAGCGCCCCCCUGUGGACAAAUGCAACCAGUGUAACCAGCUGCUGUACACCAUGACGGACAAGGAGGACCACGUCAUAAUCUCUGACGGCCAUUACUGCCCCAUGGGAGUGGAAGCCAAAGAGGACCCCCCUCCUACCCAAACCUUGAAAGCAUCCCCAUCUGAACCCACCCUGCCCUCCCACAGCAGCUGCACUUCAACCCCAGCAGCUCCCACCCCUGACCCCACUCCUGACCCCGAGGACUCCCAGAAGGCAGGAACAACUACCGCAGCCUCUGACUCGGACCCCCCACCUUCCCCUAAAGCUGCUGCUACCACCUCCUCCGCUAAGAGCUCCCCGUAUCCUGGCGAGAAGGAAGUGAAGGAAUACCUGAGGAAGCUGUCGGACGCAUCGCAGACUGAAGCCAAGAUGGCCAACAGUGGUCUGCACGCGCUGCAGACGCCAUCGUCGGGCCGCGGCCAGUCGGCCCUCAACAGCCUGGUGGCGUCCUGCGCCUCAGCGGUGGGCGAGCGCGUCGCCUCCACCUACGAGGCCCUUUCCCUGAAGAGGAUGAUGAACUUCUACUUGCCGUCGUCGCGGCUGGAGGCGCUCGCCGGGGGGGCCGACGGCGGGGCGGAGCGCGUCCGCCGGGAAGAGUCGGUCCAGGCCAAAAAGAGCUCCAGCACUGGGGACAUUCAUGAGGAGGAGGCGGAGGGUCUGCGGCGCCGCCUCUCGCUGCCGGGACUCCUCUCUCAGGGUAGAUACGCCGUUCACCUCUUAUCCUCCACCUAUGGCCCGCUGCUGUCGCCGAGGCUGCUGAGGAAGGUGGGACGCUCCAGGACGCGGGCCUUCGCCCUCACCCCCAUGGGAGGUGGUGUCCCCGAGGACCAGGACGUGUUUCCCACCCUGCAGACCGAAGUGUGGAGCUGGGGACAUGGCGAGCACGGAGAGCUGGGACAUGGAGACAACCUGGACAGGCUGCAGCCGCUCUGCAUCAAGAGCCUGAACAAGAAGGAGGUGAUCCGUGUUUCAGCCGGCGCCCAUCACUCCAUCGCUCUGACGGCUCAGUCUCAGGUGUAUUCGUGGGGCAGUAACCUCUCCGGUCAACUGGGACACAUGGACACGCCCAGUACCGUCCCCCGUCUUGCAAAACUGUCGGAGGGGAUCCGGGUUUGGGACGCCAGCGCUGGGGAGAGACACACUCUCCUGCUGGCUGACGGAGACUGCAUCCAGCCCAUCAUUUACUACAGCGGGCAGCAGGUGAAGGAGGCUGGAGGAGAGGAGGAGGAGCAGGAGGAGGUGGAGGAGGAGGAAGAUGAGAGGCCGGGAGGCUACACCCAGCAGCCCGUCCUGCUCCCGUUCUGCAUGAACCUGGGUUUCGUGAGCAGCGUGGUCGCCGGCGGUCGCCGGUGCGUCGCGCUCUCCGACAGGAACGUUAUGGGCUUCAUCUCCAGCCUCCACGAGUUGGCGUCCGCAGAGAGGAAGUUCUACUGCAAGCUGUGCGACAUCAAAUCCCAAGUUUUGCGCCCCCUGCUGGAGCUUGAGUCUCUGAGCUCGGCGUUGGGGCCGGCGGCCACUGAGCUCCUGCAGACGCUGGCGGGCAGAUUCAGCCUGCUGAGCCACCUGACCGGACAGCACGCCGCCAGCCUCACCGCCAACCUGCGACGCGGCCGCGACGUCAGCAGCCUCGCCAUGCUGGAGCACGCCAGCAUCUUCCUAGACGUCUACAAUGACUACUGCUCAACUGUGGGGAACUUCUUUGUGAUGGGAGGUUUCCAUGCUCUUACAAAACUGCCCUUGGACAUCUUUGGGAAAAGUCCCGAGCUACUGCAGAGGCUGUCAGAGUGCAGUGAGGAGAACACCGCCACCUCUGACCUCUUGGUGGCGCUCUUCUACCUCCCAACCCAACACUUGCACGAGUACGACCGGCUGCUGCUCAAACUGGCCACCUGCUUUGAAGUGAGCUCCGGUGACUACCAGAAGCUGCAGGACAGCUGUUCCAAGUUCGAAGCUCUGACUCUGCAGCUGAAGAGGAAAAGAAAAGAGGCCGAGUACACCUUCCACUUCUGGAAGAGCUUCCCGGGGAAAAUGACGGACUCCCUGAGGAAGCCUCACCGCCGACUCAUCUACGAGAGCAGCAACAAAUCUCUCACGGUGCAGAACGCCGGCCGCUUUUCUGUCAACUGGUUCAUCCUCUUCAACGACUCCCUGGUGCACGCACAGGGCGUGGCGCCUUGUAAAAACCUUUUCUCCACCCAUCACAUCUUCGCCUUGGCCACGCUGUGGGUGGAGCCGACACCAGAGGACGAUUCGGGACUACAUGGUUUGAAGGUGGUCACGCCUGAGGAGACGCUCACUCUGCUGGCCUCGUCUUCUGCCGAGAAGACCAAGUGGCUCCGCGCCAUCAACCAGGCCGUGGAUCAGGCUCUGAGCGGGGCCGGGCAGGACGCCGGCGGCUUGGCGUCAAAGUCGGACCCUCCCAUCUCCAGGACCGCCUCGUACACCUUCUAUAAAGACGGACGGCUGAAGGAUGCAACUUAUGAGGGUCGCUGGCUGGCUGGCAAGCCUCAUGGCAGAGGUAUUCUAAAAUGGCCUGAUGGGAGGAUUUACACCGGCUCGUUCAAAAGCGGGUUGGAGGAUGGCUUUGGGGAAUUCGCUUGCCCCAAUAAGGCGCUGAAAAAAGAUGAUCUUUAUCAAGGUUACUGGAAAGAAGGGAAGAUGCAUGGCCUUGGGACAUACCGGUACGCAAGCGGCGAAGUUUACGACGGCUCCUUCCAGGAUGGCAUGCGGCAGGGUCACGGGAUGCUGCGCAGUGGAAAGCACAACACCUCUUCCCCCAGCGUCUUCAUCGGACAGUGGAUACAAGACAAGAAAACGGGCUACGGCGUCUUUGACGACAUCACAAAAGGGGAGAAGUACAUGGGAAUGUGGCAAGACCACCAGCGGCAGGGCACGGGGGUCGUCGUCACCCAGUUUGGUCUGUACUAUGAAGGUGCCUUCAAAGACAACAAGAUGAUGGGUACAGGAAUCCUUCUGUCUGAGGACGACACAACCUAUGAGGGGGAGUUCUCUGAUGAUUGGACCCUCAGUGGAAAGGGUGUACUUACUAUGCCAAAUGGUGACUACCUGGAGGGCUCCUUUAGUGGCGAGUGGGGGUCUGGCCUCAAAGUGACGGGCUCCUACUUCAAGCCAAACCUGUUUGAUGCUGAAAAGGACAGGAACCGGGCAGUGAAGCUGGGUCGGCUGAGCGUGAGGGCGGAGGAAAAGUGGCAGGCGGUGUUCGAGGAGUGUUGGAGUCAGCUGGGCUGCCAGGCACCAGGUCAAGGGGAGCACUUGAAGGCCUGGGAGAACAUCGCUGUGGCCCUGACCUCCAGGAAGCAGCAGAUACAAGACAGUCCAGAAAUAUUGUCUCGGAGUCGCAGUAAAACUCUAGAGGGUCUGGAGGUCAUCCCCCAACAUGAAGGGCCUAUCACAAUCGAGAGAUAUCACAGCAUCCGACUGUACCUACUCAAGGCUUGUGACACCCCCCUCCACCCUCUGGGCUGGCUGGUGGAAACCCUGGUGGCCGUCUACAGGAUGACCUACGUUGGCGUGGGCGCGAACCGUCGCCUGCUGCCUCAGGCGGUCAACGAGAUCAAGUCUUACCUCUGCCGCAUCUUCCAGAUUGUCAGAUUUCUCUUCACUGACCUGCCAGAAGAGGGCGGUCUCAUACCUGAGCCAUCCGAAAACCUUCCAGAUGAAAACCAGGACACGUCCGCUGACACCCGGACGGAGUCGCCCAAACCAGGCCGCGUGGUGAGUAGCUCUGCUCUUCUGCUGCCUGUCCUGCUGCCUCGCCUCUACCCACCGCUCUUCACUCUCUACGCUCUGGAGAAGGAGAAGGAGGACGACAUGUACUGGGAGUGUGUCCUGCGGCUCAACAAGCAGCCCGACCUCGCCCUGCUUGCCUUCCUGGGUGUCCAGCAAAAGUUUUGGCCUGUUUCAAUCCCAAACUCUUUGCCUGCUCCAGGAGAGAAGCAGCCGGUAAUCACAAGCACUAAAGACGCCUGCUUUGCCUUGGCAGUAGAAACGCUACAGCAGAUCAGCACAACAUUCACCCCGUCAGACAAGCUGCAGGUGAUCCAGCUCACCUUCGAGGAGAUCACACAGGAAGUGCAGUCUCUGCUGAAGCAGGACUUCCUGUGGUCCAUGGAUGACCUGUUCCCUGUGUUCCUGUAUGUGGUGCUGCGAGCCCGAAUCCGAAAUCUCGGCUCCGAGGUCAGCCUGAUCGAAGACCUGAUGGAUCCGUGCGUUCAGCACGGCGAGCACGGAAUCAUGUUUACCACCCUGAAGGCCUGCUACUACCAGAUCCAACACGAGAAGAUCACAUAGAACGACGGCAGCGCCUGUAUUUCCUCAUCCAUCCCUGCAGCAGACGAUCAGUCAGUGUGACUGCUCAGGAAGCAAGUCCUUCAGCUGCUGUCACGUAGACGAGGAUCACCUCGCCUGUUCUGACUUUUCACCUCUGAGCAGGUGUAAACGAUGAGCUGCUUCCUUCCAUUUUGAUCCAGGUGGAGUGGGGAAACAUUAAAUCGCCAACGGUGUUGGUUGCGUCAAAGGGAAGAGGGAGUUUGGAGUUGUGCUGCGAGGAGACGGAACCCGCAUUUCUUCCAUUGAAGAUGCAGACAUAUUUAAAAAAAAAAAACCCAAACAAAACCUU